AUGCCAUUUAAUAUUGAUAUGGUGGAACCUCCACCUGAAUUACCAUUGCAUUCAUUUUUAAUGGAUCCUCCCAAAUCUCGAAAGAGAAUUGUUAAUAAAUUGAAAGGUUUAUUAGCGCCAUCCAAAGAAUUUGUACCAAGGGAUGAAUUUGAAGAUAUACCAUUAAGACCACCUGCUUUCCCAUUGGUAGAAGAUAGUACCAAGACUUUCCUUACUGGCAAUGUAGAACCAAUGGGAUUGCAACAGCAGCAUCAGCAACAACAAGAACAAGAACGACAACGACAACAUGAUCAGCAGCAACGUAACCAGCAUCAGCAAGCUAAAUCCGGCAUCGCGAUUCCACAUUCGAUAAUUUUGGGAGAUCCAAGUGCAUUUUCGAAUUUUUCGUCCUCUUUACACAUUAAACAUAUUGGAUUGAGAUCCUGCGUUAAAAGAUUAAAUACAAUUGCCCAAAGGAAAUUAGAAACUUCCAAAUGUACUCAAAAAUUUCUAAGAGACUUAAUUUCAUGGGGCCAAAAUUCGUCAUUUGAUAGUUUAGAUUCAUUGGAAUUAGUGAAUGAAAUUCAAUUAAUUUUCCAACAGGAUUUAAUAAAUGAACAAAAUAUUGCACAAAGGUUAAAAUUGCUAGCAUCGGAAUUAGAUUUUGUCUGCAUUAGAGAACAAGAAUUAGCACAAGAAAGGAAAAAUUUAGCAAUUUCACUAAAGAAACAUAGGUAUGCACUUGAGAAGAAGGGCGAACAUCAUGAUGAAACUAUUCUUCUAAAGGAAAAAGUGAUUGCUCAUGAACGUGCAUUUGAAUCAUAUAAAUCACAUUACCAAUUCGCAGUUUCUAUUACUGCUAGACAUGCAUUUAAAGAAUUAGGAAUCGAUCUUUAUGAAAGAGCAAGUGAUUUAAAGGAAACCACUGGUGAAUUUUUAAGGAUAACUCUGCAGGCAUUAGAAAGUGUUGAUGGUGAUGGAUUCGUUAAAGAUUUAGAAAAAAUAAGAAUAGUGAGGGCUGAAAGGAGUUGGGCUAAAUUAUCUAGAGAACAAAAGACUAAUCCGCAAUCUUGGGUUGAUUUAGUCAGUGGUAAAAAAGAUGGUGACGAUACUUUAAUGCAAAAAGUUUAUCAAGGCUUGCCUAAGGAAUAUUCACCAUUAGAACCAAGAAUUAAUCAGCAAGAAUUAAAGUUAGAUUUCCCGACCACCGAAUUAGAUGAAAGUACAUCGGCAAUUCAAAGUGGUAGAUUUAAUCCAAUCACUAGUAAUGAGUAUUUUUCACCAAGGACUGGGCAACAAGAAAAUGAUACAAAGCGUGAAAAACUGAAGGAUGAUGUUAAAGAAACUAUAGUUCGUAGUGUUGAUCCAAAUGUUGUUCGUAAUGUUACUGGAGGAGUCCCGGCUCAGCGCCAUCGUGAAGAAACUAAACCACCUCCACAAAAUGAUAAUCCAAAUGGAUUUAUUCUAAAUUUUAGCAACAUUUCACAACAGUUUGACGAUGCUGAAAAGCAUUUGCAAGAAAAUAGGUGGCUCGAUUGA